AUGGAUCCAUUAGAGCUUACAUCGGACACCGGGUGUCUCGCUGUCGCAAGGACAUGGCUGUGGGAGGUUGGACAGACGCUUCGCAUUCGCUUCAUUGACGGAACCGCGGAGGAGCGCGAAAAAGUCAAGAAAUACGCGAAGCAGUGGACAAAGUGGGCGAACCUCACGAUGGAAUUUGUUGAUGACAACUACGCCGGUGACACGGACAUUCGGGUCGCAUUCGAUACCAGUAAACCCACUUGCUCCAAACUCGGAAAAUCCGCUCGGACAAUCGCUCAGAACGAGCCCACGAUGAACUUCUCCAAUCUGGUGGCUGAGGGUUAUAAGGGAACAAUUCUCCACGAGUUUGGCCAUGCCCUUGGGUGUUUGCACGAGCACCUAUCACCAGCGGCUGGAAUAUUGUGGGACAAGGCAGCCGUUUACCGUCAAUACCGCAACCAGAAAAAACCUUGGUCGGAGGCCACGAUCCAUAGUCAAGUCCUGAAUCACUACACCAAUGCACAGGUUGAAGAAGGCGACAUUCGAAACUCGUCCCUAGAUGGCCGUUCCGUCAUGAUAUACUCGAUCGAACCCUGGAUGACGACCAACGGCGUCUCGUUCAAACAGGGACAAGAGCUUUCACGCAUGGAUAAGCAUUUCAUCGCCGCUAUCUAUCCUCAUCCCACCGACACCCCUAAGGGGCACAACCUCAACGUUCUUGACGAGAACUGGGGCUUCCCCUUGUAUUGGGCUUCUGCAUGGGGCCAAGCUCACGAAGUCAGAAGGCUCCUCCGGGCUGGGGCGGAUCCAAACUUCCAGUCGGGGUUCCAGUGGAGAGCCCUGCACUGGGCCGCGGGAAACGGGCACGUUGACGUUGUUGAUCAUCUCCUUGACUGGGGUGCACUCGUCGAUGUGCGUUCAGAUACUGGCAUGACGCCCCUGGACCUAGCCCGCAUCAAUGGUAACCAAACGAUCAUUGAGGAGCUGGAAGAGCACGCAGAGAUCCAAGCGCGUGCAGCAGCCGAACUUGUUCCGCCCGCCGGGACGGAGCCGGCGACACAUCACAACGCCGACUUGCCGCUCCAACCAAUCGCUGUCGCAUGA